AUGUUGCCUCAGUAUGAUCCUAGAAUACGAUGUCGCAAACCCUGGAAAGGGAGUUGGCAAAAUUUCAAGCCUGUUCUUGAACAUCCAUGUCCGCAAUCACUGAAAACACCCCCGAGCAAAAACUCGUUCGCCUCGCGAGACUUCUCAGGUACCUACCUCGUACUCUACCUGACACCGGACGGACAAGCAAAGUGUACACAUUUUUGUCUUGGUCCACAAAUCCGGAUUACGAAGAUAUCAACGAAAAUUUCAAGACAGUUUUUGGCUGGGCCGCCCGCUCUUCCGGCGAUGGAAUCUUAUGAUUCGGUCGACGAUGGGGACAACGGCAUGCUCCGGGAGCUAGCCAUUGAGAUCGAGGACGACGACUUCGAACUCGAUAGCGAGAUUAACCUUAACGCCCCCGUUCUUCGGGCAUUGCUUAGAGGUGAAGCAACCCCUGCUGCACAGUCAGCGUCACAACCUCCCGCUGCAAAGACCUGUGCUAGUAUUACUGUAGAGGAGGCGUGGAAGUUUUGA